UUGCAGACUCCUUGUGGCUGGGUGACAAAACCAGCAAGCGCAAGGAGAUGCAGGUCCACCUGACACCCUGAGCAUGCAGGUCCAACCGAGGAAGAGAGAGAGGGCAACUGAGGACGAGGCCCGGAGCAGAGGAAACUUCAGGCGGAUCAGCAGCGCGGCCGAUACGGCGGAUUGCGUGGCUGCCAAGAUGUUCCCCAGCACUGGUGAGAGAGAAGAAAAAGCCAGGCUUCCAGCCCCUGACGAAAUGUAUCGAGUGUAGUGACAGCCCCGGAAAGGGACUAGGACCUGGCAGAAGUCACAUCGCACCUCCAUGAAAUGAUCGGGUUUACAAGGAGUUGUUGGUCUGAAGUUUGCAACUGAGACGAAGUUGAUUGGCACCGGAGGAGAACAUGGCCAAUGGCAUCGAUGACUUGAUUGGGAUCCCGUUCCCCAACCACAGCAGCGAGGUCCUCUGCAGCUUGAAUGAGCAGCGGCACGACGGCCUGCUGUGCGAUGUCCUCCUCAUCGUACAGGAGCAGGAAUACCGGACCCACCGGUCGGUGCUGGCGGCCUGCAGCAAGUACUUUAAGAAACUCUUCACCACGGGCGCCCUAGCCGACCAACCCUACGUCUACGAGAUCGACUUCGUCCAGCCCGAGGCUCUGGCGGCCAUCCUGGAGUUCGCCUACACCUCCACGCUCACCAUCACCGCCGCCAACGUCAAGCACAUCCUGAGCGCCGCCAAACUGCUGGAGAUCCAGUGCAUCGUCAACGUCUGCCUCGAGAUCAUGGAGCCCGGCGGGGCCGGGGACGAGGACGACAAGGAGGACGACGACGAGGACGAGGAGGACGACGAGGACGAGGAGGAGGAGGAGGAUGACGAGGAGGACGAAGAAGAGGAGGAAGAGGCGGAGGACUUUGUCAACGGGGAGGACCUGAAUGGGACCCGGGACGUCAGCUGCCACCAGAGUCCCUCCGAGUCAGACCACCUAGUGGAGAAGGCCUACUCGGACCCUCCGCGGGAUUUUCCCGAUCGCUUCCCGGCCCACAGCUCGACGGGGCCCCUGGGGGUGAUCCGUGACUUCUCCAUUGAGUCGCUGCUGAGGGAGAACCUGUAUCCGAAAGCCACCGUCCCCGACAGGAGGCCCGCCUUGUCUCCCUUCCCGCCGGGCUUCUUCCCCCACCUCUGGCCUGGAGACUUCGGGGCCUUCGCUCAGUUGCCGGAACAGCCGCUGGACAGCGGUCCCUUGGAUCUGGUGAUCAGGAAGCGGAAGAUCAAGGAGGAGGAGAAAGAGGAGAUCCCGCCGGCACCCUUCCCCAAUGAUUUCUUCAAGGACAUAUUUGCCGACGGUGCCGGGGGUCACGUGGGCCACAUCAAGGCGGAAAACGAUUACAGUGCUUAUCUCAACUUCCUCAGCGCCACCCAUCUGGGAGGGGUCUUUCCUCCUUGGCCGCUGGAGGAGGAGCGGAAGAUAAAGCCCAAGGCGUCCCAGCAGUGCCCAGUUUGUAACAAAAUGAUCAUGGGGGCGGGGAAGCUCCCCCGGCACAUGCGGACCCACACGGGGGAGAAACCAUACAUGUGCAAUAUCUGUGAAGUUCGCUUUACCAGGCAGGACAAGCUGAAGAUCCACAUGCGCAAGCACACCGGGGAGCGGCCCUACCUGUGCAUCCACUGCAACGCCAAGUUUGUGCACAACUACGACCUGAAGAACCACAUGCGCAUCCACACCGGCGUGCGGCCCUACCAGUGCGAGUUCUGCUACAAGAGCUUCACCCGCUCCGACCACCUCCACCGUCACAUCAAGCGCCAGAGCUGCCGGAUAUCCCGACCUCGGAGGGGCCGGAAGCCCGCCGCCUGGAGGGCCGCCAGCCUCCUCUUCGCCCAGAACGGCCAGCCGGAGGAGAAGGCCUUCAUGAUGCCCCCGACCCUAGGGGAGAUGGGCGGCCAUCUUGGCGGGGCAGCCAUGUGCCUGCCAGGCCCCAGUCACCAUAAGCACUUUCUGGGAGGGCCCAAGAGUGCCCUCAGCCUGCAGGAGCUCGAGCGGCAGUUUGAGGAGACCCAGAUGAAGCUCUUUGGGAGGGCCCACCUGGAGGCCGAGAGGAACGCGGGGGGCCUCUUUGCCUUCGCCCUGGCGGAGAACAUGGCCGCCCGGCCGUACUUCCCCCUCCCUGACCCGUGGAGCGCGGGCUUGGCUGGACUAACUGGGCUGGCUGGACUCAACCACAUGGCCUCCAUGUCAGAAGCCAGCAAUUAGCCCCUGGCGUUGUCUUUCCCACCCAAGCCAGCCCCCUGGCCCCUCUGACGAUGGCAAGGAAAGCACUUUGUGGCCCUCCUCUUGUACAGCAUCUCAUCUCCUCACUUCAAAGAGAGAAUCCCCUUCCAAUAGGGAGAUAUUUCCUAGCUAGGUUCCACCAAAUAGAGCCACCCGAGUCAGACCACAUGCACGUCCAUGUGCCUACAGGGUGGAGGCUGGAAAGCUGGUUGGCCCAAAGAUUGGUGGGAGCUGUAAGAGGUGGCCAGGAGCCGGGCAGGAGCUUGGACAGCUUGGGCACCUGGUGGAAAUGUUCCCUUCAGCUCCCUGGCUGGGCACUGGAGAACAAAGCCAAGGGCCGGAGACUCCCUCUAAGGGAUAAGAUGAGAGUGAUCCCUUCCGCUUUCGGGAAGGAAAACCGGAAAAGUCACGUGGUCCUCGGAGCCAGCUCUUCAGAAGGAAACCUCUGUGGGUGCAAGAUUGCUUCUGUGGACUGAGGAGUAGCCCUUUGAAAUGGGUCCUGGAUUUGACUCCCAGCUCUUCCCCACCUCACUGGAAAAUCAUUGGCAAGUCACCUCACACUUCUAAUGCCUCAGUUUCUCCACCUAUAAAAGGGACCCUGGCAUUCAGAGAUAGCUGGCGAGACUGGAAGCGUGAGUUCAGUGAGGCGUCUGCUGUUCUGGGCAACUCCUGAGGGAGAAACUGGUACUGGCUUAAUAUGCUCUUUCUCCGGCCACUGCUCCCUAUCUAGGGCCCUCUCCUGCUCUACUGGUAAACCACGGAAACACUCUUCAAAGCUGCCAAACGAUCUUCCUUUAGUGACCCGCCAAAGAGUUGUUCUGGGUCUCCCUGAUUCUCCCUCUCAUCCCUGCCGUUUAAGACAUCUCUGGAAUCACUGACCAAACCCCCAGAAGAGGGUGGCUAGCUCCUCAUUCAAAUCCUGUGACAGCCAGAGACAGUGUCAGUCCUUGGUCACCCACGGGCUGAUUUUCCGGGCCUUUCGCCCCCCCCUACUCCCUCUUCCCCAUUGGCACCCUGCCUUCUGGACAUUCCACUGCUCAGGAGUACCGUGGUGAAUGGGAAAAUAGAAGGAGAGGAGUUAUAUCAGUCAGCAUUACCUCUUGGGAGCGGCUUGGGUAACAAGUCUGGAGGCGGGGGACACCUAAAUGAAGUCAAGGACUCUCUGUGGAUUUCACUUCUCCACUGCUUUUGGCUUACUACAGGUAGAGAGUUGGCUGUAAAACUUUCUCUGCAGCACUUUUCAGCUGAGAAAUCUCUGUCCUGAACCUGAUGUCUACAAGGAGUCCCUGAAAAUAAAGAAGGCAUUGCUGGCAA